AUGGAUAUUAUUGGUAAAAUUCUCAAGCGGUUGCAAGAUGUAUACAGUGCAGAGAAAAAACCAUCAAAAGCUGUAACUCUAUUGUUACAAUUAUUUAUGGAUCCUGCCGGAGAACAAGAAUUCUUUGACCUAGUCUAUGCGCGUUUUGAAGCGUAUGACGAGUCAAAUCGGUUGGUUGUUAAUGAACGCUUUUCAGCUGAUAUUGAUAUUAUUAUUCAAUGCACAAAAGAAAGCCUGGAUACACCCGAAUUUUCGGCUCUAUUCCCGAGACGAAUCAGCGCGUACUUUUAUAUAUACCGUCGCGUAAAAGAAUAUAUUCGUCAAGCGAGCAUAUCCCAAGAUCACAUAAAACCUUUGCGGAACUGUUUUCAAGAAAAAAUGAUUCAUUUAUUUACCUCUACACGCGGGAUAGAGCCUAACCUAGCUGUGAUAAAUAGAGACAUAGUCACGAAAAUCGAAAUUGGUGGACAUUUAUCAUCAGUGAAAGAAAUCAAUGACACACAAACGUUAGCUAUAUUCUUAUGUCUUUGCAAAUUAUAUUUUCAGUCAUUACCAUUAAUCGGUGAAUUGGGUGGUCCUAUGUUAUGGACUCGAACUCUAUCACAAGUUCAAGUAUGGAAAAUGUCUUUGAAGGAGACUAUUGAAUUCUAUCUUCAACACAAACGAGCAUUUGAACAGUGUCCGCUCAACGAAUCAGGCUUUGCAUAUCUUGCCCGAAAACUCCACCCAGAGAAGAAUAGUUCAACAUCGCCCUUCGAAUCUUUUAUGGAAAUGUUAGAGCAACUGAGUUUGGAUCAUAAAGGAUUUUUUUUGGAAUACAAACCCGUUUUUCAGGAAAGAAUGUAUUCCCGGUUAUAUGAAUGGUCGCAUGUUGUUUCACUGCUAUCUAUGCUGAGUAAACGAGAGGAACUGUACGGCGUAUACUUACCAAUAUUUAUGUCUGGUGGAGAUCUUUACGAUUCAUGGGAAAAAUUUAUACUCAUAUGUAAAUGUGGUGAUAUGAAUGAAAUAAUACAAAAUCAUUUGACUAAAGUUUUGAUACAGCGAACCCAAAAUGAAUCAGCCUACGAAUUUAUGCGCAGUCAUGAAAUAGCAAAAAAAUCUUUAGAACAAGUCAAGGAAGAAAAUCGACCGUAUCUUAUGAAAAUACUUGAAGAAGUGACCUUUGCAUUUCUCAACAAACAACUUCACGAAGAUGUAUAUUUCCACAAGUUUUCUGAAACAAUAUUAAGUGAAUUAUUGGAUAUGACCCUUCUUCCGCCAUCCACAACUGAACCUGUCAACCGAUCUUGUUCGCUUGUCAUUCGACAUUUAUUGUUCAAAUCAGAUAAGAGUACCACCUGGAUACCAAGAAGAAUCAAAGGUAUUUUCGAUAAAUUAAAUAAACUAAAUAAAAUCUUAUGUGAAAGAUAUGAUGUUAUUAACAUCAUUCCAGACGAAUGGCUAACUGAUCAUAUUUUAAGUAUUUCUCAAGAAAGUUUGAAAAUGUCAUGUUACGAUUACCAAACUUUAUGUGACAGUCAUAACAACAAUAGUUGGUCAAUUCAUAUUUGGUCAAGAUUGAUAUGGCUAAGUCUUAACAAGAUAGAAUCUGUCAAAUCAACCGAAGUUCUUGCUGUUUUGAAUAAAUGGUUCCUCAAUAUGAAACACGACACAUUCGACGAGAAUGACACGUUGACAAUUAUUUUCGUUAAGAAUGUAUUCGAGUUGGUAAUUUCGAAACAAAUGAAAGCUGUAUUAUCUGUUUCAAACAUUGAAGCGAUACUCCAGUACAGCUUAGAGAUCCGAGCGAAAACACCGGAUCGAAUAGACACGAGAUUAGUAGAUGAAUUUGUUGAAAAUGCGAAACAAUCCAUCAAAAACGUUCUAUUGUUGCAAGGAACAUGCAAGGUCUAUUUAGAAUUACCUAAUAAAUCGAUUGCUUACCAAUUCCUUCCUCAACUCGAUUUGAGCAGUAUUUUAACUUCAGAAGAUCCUCAACGUUUCAAAUUUCCUGUGAUGAACUCUCAGAUCGAAAAGAUUAUGUCCAUUCCAAAACCAGACGACAUCGACAUAACUUCAACGGAUGUCAAAGAUCAAUACUUUUCUCGUUUUAUCGAGCAAGUCAAGGCGUGGAUACAAUGGUUUAACAAGUUCCUCGAUAUUUUUCAAUAUGUAAUCGAACGCUUCAAAACCUGGAAAAUGGAAGGUGCCGAACAGUUAUUCAAUGAUAUAUACAAUAUUCGACAGGGUUCGGAAACUACUGUACUAAAGAUGAAAAUGACGGUUCAACAAAUACUGAAAAUGUUUAGUUCAUUCACCGAUCUAUACCGUUUAUGCGGCUUAUUCGAUUAUUUAGAGCCAUUCCGUAUUAUUUGCAACAGUUCACUGAGCCAUCGAGAUGAAUAUAAAACUUACAUUGAAAAAGUGAAACGUUCGCAACCAAAUAAUACAUUUACUGUGAAGGACAAAAAUCACGGCGAAAAACAUGUGAAUAUUAAUGAGCGCCGACGUGUUCGCUGGUCGCUCGCUUGUAUGGAGCAUCCGUGCAACAUAAACAUAGUGUAUCGAGUACAAAAUCCUUCAAAUCAAGUCUAUGAACUAUACGAUCAGAAAGAUGUUCAUAUUCAUCAAAACUACCUUUACGGUGAAUUCGAAACACAAGAUCCCGGUCAAUUGGAAAUAACAAUCAAUAAUCGCAAUGGUCAUGCUUCCCGCGUCUUGUGGUACUCUGUGGAACAGCACACUAUUCCCACAUGUCAUCUGUUUCACGGUAUUUUCGAUGUGCAGUAUAAAAGAUAUUUCAACAAUCCAACUCAAUUGUGUAAAGAGAAAGACUUAAGUCAACUGAUUACUCGAGUAUUUUCAUUCAUUGAUAAACUUCUACGUGGAGACACCACCUUGCAAGAGAUGGACUGUCUGAAAACACUUUUUCACGAUAAAAAUAUUAAUGUCGGCGACGAAGUGAAGAAGCUAUUCACAAAUCAAGCAGUAGCACAAAACACGGACACAAUCAAUGACCAGGAAAUUGCACAAGUUUGUGAAUGGCUACGAACAUAUCAAUACUAUAGUCAUCUCAGUGGAAUAGUCAGUUGUGUACGUACGUUCAAGAUUGUAUCAAAUAACAAAGAAAAUGAUCAAUCCAUUUCUAAUCUGUCCGAAAUGACCAUCAAAGAAGAUUGUUCUCUGAAAGAAAUUCCUGAAAUCUAUAAAGAACUGAACGAACGCUUUCGUCGAUUGACGCACCAUCAUUUGCAGUUGAUUAAAAUCAUCGUUGAAUGUGCAAACGUAGUCGAAUUGAUGAAGAAUGCCGAUUUAUAUUGCAACAAUCACGGCUUACGUCGAUUCCAAGAAUUGCGAGAUAAUUUAACUACGCAAUUUCAAUUACAAGAACGUAAUAGUAUGAUUCUUAAUUCUUGGAUCAUCACUUAUGCGCUGUGCAAACCAUUUGUACAGCAAGUUGCCAGUCUCGAUGAAUUUGUUGCAAGUAUUGCUCAACUAUCAAACAUCGAUGAGAGUUCUUUGAAACAUAUCAAACUUGUGAGUGAUAAUAUACAAAUCGUAACGAUGUGGCUGUCGGCAGAAGGCACGACGAUGUUAGAUAAUGCUCUGAUUACGAUGGAGUACCUCUAUAAAACUGGUGUAGUUCAUAUAGACCUUCGACGUUUGCUGAACGAACAAUCGGAGCUUAAAAUAGAAUAUGCAGUUGAGAAGAUGGUUAGUAACGAAACGGACGACGACGACGACGACAAAGAAGAGGGCGAAGAUGAGAAUAUGCCGACAGAACAAGAAGUUCAACGAGUAAUGCUAUCCUCAGAUGAUAUUGAUGAUCAUAAGCGUCAGCUCACAUUCUGUCAAGUUGAUCUACCAGAAAAUAUGAUUUUAAAGAAGAUUUUACUGAGUGAACAACUGAAAUUAUUUCAAACCAUCGAAAAAAUCCAUUCAAUUCUAAUUAAACUAGAAAUCAACGGUCAUCCCGAGUUUCAACUGCAACAAAAACAUUAUCCAAUCUAUGAUACAUUCGGUAGAAUUAAGAAAGUUCUGUCCAAUAUGAGAAAUGAUCAUGUCAAUCAUCAACAACAGGAAGAAUUCGAGAGUCUAAUUCGAAGUCGAACCAAUGAUUUCGAAUUGAUCUAUCGAAACUUAGAAACAACCUAUGAUCUAUGGAUAAAAAUUCUAGACGCAUCCCGGUAUGAAAAUCGCCUUUUGAAAUUGUUUUCCAACCGGCAACUCAUGAUCAUGAUCAUUCUAUUAACAACAUCCCCUUCACCGAAUUCCAUUCAACGAAAGUUUCUCGACAAACUCUACCUUUCACAAACUGGUGUCAAUCUCAACGACCGACAUGUUAAUUUAGCCAUUCAUUGUCUAAGUCAUUAUCUACAAUCGAUUCGACUCAGCGAUUAUGACUCGUCUAUGAACAACAUCGCUGAUCUAUAUCACAAAUAUCAAAUCGAACAAGGCACAUCGAUCGAGGCAAGUCUGAAGCAGCUCGGCAGAUUUUUCAAAGAUUUAUUUCAUAGUGGAAAAGAAUUAUCUGCAAAGACUGAAAGCCAACAAUUUUUAGUUAGUCUAAGCUCAGUCGAACAGCAAAGUGCGGAUCGGCGAAAACUCGACAACGAUUUGGAUGUGAAAACAUGCUGUCUUCUGGUGGAUGUUUUUCAUGAUCGUUUACCAUCUUCUUAUCAGAUUCUUUGGUGUUCCGUAUGCACUGAAGACGACAUUCGUCUAUUCUUUUCUCGUGUACGCAACUUUUCGUCUCUAACAUUUGUCGUCAUGGACAUCGAUGGAAUGCAUCAUCGACUCCGCGAAUUGUUAUUAAAUGAACAGAAUUCUCUAACGAAAGAAAGCAAAUCUCACGGAUCGGUUUAUUACUUCUCCCGAGAGUUAAUUACAGGUCGAAAAGGUCUACAACAAUAUAUUAUCUUACCAAAACAUCGAAAUCCAACGCAGAUGCAUGCACAAUUACGACAGAAUAAUGUUGUCUUACCACAAAUUCAGAUUGUUUGUGGAGCAGCUGGAAGCGGAAAAACACAUUACAUUAAGACGAAAUAUAAAGACGAGAAUACAUUAUGUAUCAGUAUCAAUGAUAAAAUCAAUGUCUCAUCAUUGAUUCGAUCAUUUUUAGCAUUCGAAUCGCAAACAUCACAUGUUCAACUAACAAUGUGUUUCAAUCUUUCAAUCCAUGCACCAUUUGAACAACUCAAUCGUAUUCUCUUUUCGUUGUUUCUCUGUCGGACAUUGCAUGACGUGACUACUGGUUUGACAUUUUCGCUUUCAACAAACAAACAUUGGAAGUUUAUCAUCGAAGUUCCGUAUAUCAGUAAAUGUAACCUAAGUAUCAAAGAGAAUUUCAAUCAAAUCCUUCCUUUACUCGCAAUCAUAUCCCCGAAUACAUUAGAAGAAGUUACAAAUCAAAAUUAUGAAUUAUUCAUCGGAGAAGAAGAAGAACUUGUAGCCAGAUUUCUUAAAGCUUAUCAAAAUGAAACUAUUGACCAACUCUGUCGAGAAUCACGGUCUGGAAAGACCACGCCCAUUCAAUUCGAUCCACUCACUGACCACAAUGAAUGUCGUACUCAUAUUUACAAUUGCAUCAGUGAACAUGCGCCGAACCUGCCGCGAAAUAAGAUAGUCGAUUUGUCUUUUACGAAAUUUCUCUAUCGUCGCGUUCGAUUUUUUACGAAUUCGUACUACUGCUACAAUAUGGAGAUCGAACGGCUCGGCUCGAUUGCAAUGAAGCAAAUGAUUGACGAAGCUCGAUCGCUGACACAAAUUGAUUUUUCUUCCAAUGACUAUCCGAAAGUGUACCUUGUUUAUGACUCAAAUUUUUCCUUAAAUUUACUACACAACAACUGGGAGGAUGUUCCGUGGUUCUUACAGUACCUAUUCAAUUUCAAUGAUCCGGCGACGCAGUCUACAGACUAUUAUAUCAAAUGUCUCGCAUGGUUAAUCGAUAUACCUGUCGAAGCGUUCGUUGAUUUAAUGCACGAAAAAAAGUUUAUUUUAACCGAGAACUUCGCAUAUAAACUAUUUCAUAUCCAUGAAAGAAAACUAACUAAACUCGCGCUGAUUCUCGAAGGUGAAACAGGUGUUGGGAAAACAUUCCUUUUGCAAUUCUAUUCUGCACUACUCAAUGCAAAUAUCACGUAUGGCAAACUAGACAAUCGACUUUCGAUGCGAAUUCCGGAGCGAAUCAGUUUAUGGUUGUUAAAGGAGAUUUGCAUUGGUAUCAUAGAGAAAAAGCCGAAUUUGUUGAAUAUACUUCUUCGAAGAAUCGCAUUGAAACUGCAGAAUCCGUCGAAUGACCAAGGACGAGAAGAUGACGACGACGACGAUGAUGAGAAUGACGAUCUAUCUGGCUUUGGCGCAUUCCCAUGUACUGAUCAAAAUAAUGCCGAAGAUGCGAUUGCAGUUCGAAACGAACCAGUAGAUCGUGAUUUAUUAUCAACGAUCAAAUCUGCAUUGGGAAACUGCAGGUAUGACAAGCUCAUUUUACGAAAGAUAUGGAAAACAAUCCUAAUGACUACAAAGCGACAUACGAGAAAUGUGACGAAAAAACUGAUUUGUACUCUUCAUGAUUUUGUCACAUCAGAAUUGAUAAACUCACCAUUGAUUCUUGCAAGUCCUCGUUUGUCCGACCUACUCAAAAUAAUACAGAAUCCAACAGUCAAGUUAGCAAUUGAAAUUUUCGAUGAAUUCCUCCUAAGAAGUCAAACUAGACCAUUAUUCUAUCGUUUACUUCUCCAUCCGGGCGUGACUGAAAAACAAAUUGAAGAUUUCCUCGCACCCGUCGCUGAACUAGCACGACAAGUGCCCACUAUAGAGCUCGUUGUGUUCUUUGAUGAAGUCAACACAUCAUCGUGUCUUGGAUUGUUCAAAGAAAUGUUUAUGGAUGGAACAUUGCACGGCAAUAGUCUACCAAAAAACAUAUUCUUCACUGCGGCGAUAAAUCCUUCGAAGAAUCUGGCGAACACAUCUCAAAACCAGCGACAUGAUAAUGUACAAGUUCAUCGUCGAGACUAUCUUGUUCAUCAAUUACCACAAUCAUUAGAAAGUCUCAAAGUCUCCUAUGGAAUCUUAGAUUCCUCGACAUUGGCAGACUAUGUCAGGAAGAAGAUCGCUUUAUUCACGGUGACUUCAUCACAGGAUUCGAAUAUCCAAACCGCACUCGAUCGAUAUGUGCAAGAUGUACUCACACGCGCAAUCUUAGCGGCACAGGAAUUUUGUGAAAGACGUCUCGGAAGCAAUUCUGUAUCUCAACGAGAAAUUCAACGAUGCUUCAAUCUAAUCGAUUUCUUUUCGAGAAUGAAAUAUGAUGGAGAUGAUGACAAGCCGGAACCAAUUCGAUGCAUUGCCUUAUCGUUAGCGCUGAUCUAUUACUUUCGAUUACCAACCAAAGAAGAUAAUAUGUUACGAAAAGACGACCAAACACCAUCAAGAGAAGAACUCAGUGAAGUUCUCUCGCAGAGCAUUCCGCAGUUUACUCAAACGAUUCAAGAUGAAUUAGAGAGAUUCGUUAACACAGAGAAUUUCGUUAUUCCACAUGGAGUUGCUGUCAAUCAAGCUAUUCGUGAACAUAUUUUCUCCAUUGUUGUAAGCAUUAGUACUCGUACACCGUUGUGUAUUAUUGGUGCACCCGGUCAAUCGAAAACUCUUUCAUUUCAAAUUGUUCUGCAAAAUCUCCAAGGUUCGCAGUUGUCUGUGAAGCCAUUUUGUAAACGAUUGCCUGCUAUUGAUCCGUUCUUCUGUCUUGGAUCGAAAUACAGUCGAUCGGAAGAUAUUGCAUAUGUGUUCGAUCGAGCGAUCAGACGUGAACAUGACUAUCGACAAAAUCGAAUCGAAACGCAAUGCGUGGUUUUUCUCGACGAAGCAUCGCUUCCCGAUGAGAACCAAAUGGUUUUAAAAGUUCUGCACUCAUAUCUGGAUGAAUGCAAGGUCGCAUUCGUUGCUGUUGCAAACAAAGCAUUUGACGCUGCUAAGGCAAAUCGAAUGAUCUGUGUUUAUCGGUCAUUACCAUCGCAAGAGGAUCAAAAGAUCUUGGCAUACGGCUGUCUUGGCUUGCAAACAAAUCAUGAGCAAACACAAGUUCGAAAACCACUUGAAGACGUGAUUUACGGUCUUUGUCAAGGUUAUCGUCGGGUACUAAGUAGUGCAAAUAUUCCGCAGAUUUUUCAUGAUCGAGAUUUUAUCUAUAUGUUGCGAGAAUUGCGAUUUGAAUUGCCAACAUCAGCGGACGAGCAAGAAAUACGAACGAAUUCGAUACAGCCGAUGAGUUUACUACGAGCAUUAGAAGAUAAUUUCAAUGGAAUUAAUCGAAAUGAAUUCGAAGAGCUGGUUCAGAUCUUUUUCCGAGCCAUACAAGAGAAAUCGCCGAAUUUUCGUUUGCCGCCGGAACGCAAUCCGCAAAAAUACUUUCGCGAUAUUCCAACCGUUCUUCGAGAUUCAAUGAAACUCAAUUCGAAACGUCGCCGUCUUUACGGACGCUAUAAAUUAAUCAUCGAUGAGUCCGAAGACGAAAGUGCAACCAAUCUUCUCUACCAGACAGCCAUUCUCGAUUCGGAUCCAAGUCGCACCACAGUGUUUCGUAUGUCAGACUUCGCCGAUGAUGUCCACAAUGAAUUACGCAAUGUCGAAAUCUUAUCAACAAUCAAAUUAUGCAUGGAAACCGGUAAAACGAUACUAAUGGUGAAUACAAGUCGAAUACAUGGCUCGUUGUACGAUGUGUUCAAUCAAAAUUUUUCCAUUAUGGCCACCGGUGACAUGAGAAAGAUCUUUUCAAAAGUUGCCAUCGGUCCAAAGACCAUCGACGUUGCUGUUCAUGAAGAUUUCCAAUGCAUCAUUCAUAUUAAACGAAGUGAAUUGAAGGACAUUCCCGCACCGUUUCUCAGUCGAUUCCAGAAAUACUCCUUGAGUGUGAGCGAUUUCUAUCGUAUUCGUUUAGAAAAACUUCCUCGUGAGGAACAACUACUUUUGAGAAGUAUCGAAGACAAAGUGCAAUCAUUUGUUCAACACUUCGGUCGACAGUAUUUCUACGGAAUGAAUGACAGUACUCUUCACUCAUGUUUAUUGUCUUUGAUUCAAACCAAUGAAAACGAUCAAUAUACACUACUUGUCUCACCUGAGUCGAUCAUAUUAAAACUACCGAUAUUCGAAGAUAAAGUACAGCAAUGGUUAUGUCAUUUGUACUUUCAACAACAGGAACAUUUUAAUAUUGAAAAUUUCAUCUAUCAACUCGUUUCGAGUUCGUCGAUCAAAGAAAACUCGGAAGAUGGUAUUGCACAGCAUGUAACAACAAAAGUCAUGAUCUUUACACGUACGUCAUCAUAUGUCAUUGGGCUUAAUCAACAAUCGAAAAUGGAUCUAUUCAAUACUCACACAAACGAAAAUGAUGAUCGCGCCGAUAAGAUCGAAAUACUCAAUUUAAAUACAGUGGAAAAUUCUCUUGAAUUGCAAGAUAAAUUCCAAACUUACGCAGCCGAUCAUCAGAAAAACGUGUUGAUGAUCGUUAUCGACGGUCGUAUUGGACAACAGCGUCUUCACAUUCCAUACGUUCGGCAAUUGAUCGAUGAAACUGAACAAUCUUGCAAUACUCGUCAACCUCUCGAACGAAAAUAUUUUCUCAUUCUUUUUCAUUCAUCCACGCAAGAUCUUUACCAUCAAAUAUGCUUUCCAUCCAUAUUUUUACGUCAUUGGGAGUUUUGUUUCUUCGAUACUUGUGCACCUGGCAGUGCAUUUCAUUUACGAAAGAUGCUGCAGAUUAUUUCAACUCACGAUGCGCAAUCUUCCCAAGGCGACGAUGACGUUCUAUGUGAUUUGAACAUCCUGUUCGAAGAUUGCCUAUGGGAUUUUUGUUCUCGACUUCAUAUCAUUCUUCCGGACUUAUCCGCCGAUAUGUUUACGAAUGAAUUGGCCCACGAAUUUUAUCAACGUCAAACGAAUAAGACACGACGUGUGAAAUGUCUGAAAAACAUUCUGCAACAAUCGAUGCAUUUACAACGACAUAUUGUCGAUAUCUAUCAUGAUUAUCUAUCGAAAAAGAAGAAUUCGUCGAAGAAAAUUUACAAUCUGAUUUACCAGAUUUCCAAAGAUAUCUUAUGCGGUAAACGUUUCACCGGUUUAAUCGAUUCCAUACAAUCGCAGACACGACAUUCGUUUACUAACUUCGUUUCGAAUAUCUUUAAACUCAUUAUCAAUGACUACGGUCUCGAUACUCUAACAAAAAUAUCAACUGAACAUCAACACUAUGGUUCACUGUUAAGUCUAAUUGAUUAUCAAACAUUUGCCAACGAUGAACAAAGCGAUCACCAACAAGGAAUAUUUCAACUCGUCACUCAUUAUUCAUGCAUACCAGAAACACCACUAUACCAUCUACUGCAUAAGCGUAUCAAAUCACUUGCUGACAAUAUUAAACUGAACAACAUUCUGAAACAAACCGAACAACAAGAACAUGAUGAUCGCUUACGUGAUGAUUACUACGCCAAUCCACCUGCGAAUAAUUUUGAAACUUUUCGGUACAAUCUAAUGACUUCCAUCAUGAAUGACAAGACCUUGGUUGAUAUCAUCGGUGAACAUACUCUCCAUUCGUAUUCGAAUGAUCUCGUGCGAACCUAUUGCACCAUAGCAGAAACGAAUUUCAAUGACGAUCGUACCCGACGCCAGCAAACAGUGGAAUUUAUAGCGAAGUGGUUACUACUUACCGAUGAAAACGAUCAGCAAGCAUUGGAAAAUUGUCCGAACAAGCUUGUUUGGCUAUUCGCACACGUGUAUACAUCGUAUGAAUCUGAACAGAGCGAUCUGAUUUCGAUGUAUUCUGCUUGUCGAAUCAUGGAUCGUCUUGAUUCUUCACGGCAGUUCCAUGCGAACUUCGCUAAUAUGGAAAAUGAAACGCGUUCAAGCAUUCGCGAACGAUUUUUUCGUUUAAUUUUCGACUAUCUAUGGCAAAAUCUUCGCCAAUUAUGUCUAACCAAUGAAAGUAACCAAGAAUGGGUUUACGCUUACACAUUCGUAUCUAAAUAUUAUCCCUCGGAAAAAGUUCUCCAGAGUAUGCAACUAACGGAUAUAAAAAAUCAGAUCGAAUUUAUGAACUUAGCAUACUUGAUCUUUCUCAAUAAUAACAUUAUCGAACCGCAAAAACUAGUUGCGAUGUUACUCGGAGGAACGAAUUUCGCCGAAUCGUCGAUUUGUAUACAUUUAUUGUCGGAUAUAACCGAUAUCAUUCAACGAUAUUUACGAAAUAAUGGAAUCGAUAAUUCCACUGUUUUCAUCGAUCUUCAGCAAUGGAUUCUUACGAUUUUGAAAUCGAGCAGUCAACAUUCGAAGAGUGAUAUCCAGUUACUUUUGAAGUAUGUAAAUAACUCAACUGAACAAAUUACAUUACCGAUGAAACAAUUUCUAUUCGAUGAGUUAAUGGAUAUAUUACUCAAAUGUCAAUUGAAAACGAAACAAGAUUUCGAUGUAUGGAAUCGUUUAGAAGUUAUUCCAGUUGUACUUGAAUGUUUGACAAAUACGGAUUCGAUUGAAAACUAUCAAAUGCCGUACCAAUCACGUAUGGUGUCUGAUGAUUCGAGUGCCAUACAACCGAAAAAUACUUUAAUUGAUCUAUAUUUCUUUCAUAUUCAGCGGCGGUUGACACAUGAACCGAUCACAUGUGCCCUAAUCAACAAAGGAAUGCUAUUGCGAGCUCCUCGAACCGAAAAUCGGCGUCUGACGUCUGCUGUGGAGCGAAUUUUCCACCAACUAAAAGAUUAUUUACGAAUUCAAAUUCUAGCUCUACUCCUUUCUCAACCCAAUCGAAAAGAAAACGAACUUGAAGAAGUCAUGCCUUUUCUAUCAACGAUUGUAACCGAACUGUUGUCAAUCAAUCAGGAAACUCGAGAGAUAAAUCUCAAUCUGCGACUUUUCCUUUCAACAAUUAUCUCGAAACAGUCUUGGAACUUUCUUUUAAAUUUACUAAAACCAGAACAGAUUCAACGUACUCAUUCUCAAUGGGCAACAUAUCUCCAUUCACUACUGGACUUGGAGCAAAAACACUCCUUGCAAUUACAUCAUCAGAUACAGUUUACAUCGUCUCCGAAUACGAAAACAUCGACAUUUGCUAAACUUCAUCAGCCAUACCAAGAAUUACGAGAUAUUAUUGACAUUUGCAUUCAAACGAAUACGUGGAAAACCGUUUCCGAUUGGAUAAAAUCACGGUUGAAUUCAAAUACCAAUCGAUUUAAACCUAAUGAAAUCUCUGCUAUGUUACUUUUGCAUAUUUACUAUGAUUUCUAUUGCUCGAAUCAAUUAAAUUCCAUCACACCAUUGUUGGAUGUCAUUCAGACUAGUUUACAAUUGUCAACCGAAGAAUUUCGAGUUUUUCAAGCUCUACUCCAACCGAAACAGUUUAUGAUCGGUUAUUCGCAAAAAUCGCAAAAUUUUCUCAAUAAUAUCUUUCAACUGGAGACGAAAAAUGAAUUCGAAUUAACCUUGCGACAUUUACUUGUCAAUCUACUGGCGAUGAUUCUACUCGGUGGAAAGCAAUCUUUCCUAUGGUCGUUCUUGUUUCAACCUGUGAGUUUGCAGCACACUUUUGGCUUUGGAUCAACUUCAUCAAGCCCUAUACUAUCCGGUGGCGUUCAUUAUGAUUGUGGUUGUAUCAUAUCAGAAAAUGGUGAAUUAGUGCGCUUUGACAACAGUGGCCAUACAAGUAUGCUCAGUGUUCCUGCAGUUUAUGUCGCCUACUUUUCGACCUUCGGUGCAAUGGCAUGGUAUUUGCUCUUGAAUGAGCGAGCUGUUGAACAUCUAAAUGGUCCGAUUCUAUCAACUUCAGCUAUUAUGGACAAUCGAAUGGCCCAUCGACUUGUUGGCGAUGAUAUUCGAGCGAAAGUUUGUCACUUUGUUUGUACACGAAUCUUAUCAUCGUUUCAUUUUCUUUCAACUCGCACUAAUCAAACCGAUGUCUGUCUGCUUCUAAAUCGUUGUUUCGAACGAAUGGCCUAUCUAACACAAGAGCAAACCAACGGAUGGAUUAGAGCUAGUUACCGAUCAUUGACUGACCAACAUCAUGCGGAAGCAGAAUAUCAAAAUCAAGUAUUCUAUUUUAUUCACGAAAGAUUAUCCGAACAUAAGACGUAUAUUAACAAUCUAAAUUUAAAAUCGGAAAUUCAACGAGACCUUCAAAAUUUUAUCGAUCACUUGCCUGCCGUUAGUCAAUUUACCGAUUUCAAAACGGCAUUGUAUCAUCCACGGUACUCGCAACCGACGUUAAAGAUCCUACGUGACAUCUUCAAUUCAUUUGAUUUCUUGAAAAUAACCAAAUUAAUCUACGAGCUCAGUCAAUUCUACCUUCUUAUACAUCAGACAUUCACCCAAUUGAUCGAACGUACUGAAUUUGUCAGCAUAACACUGAAAGAAUUAUAUGAUCGAGGACAAAAAUAUUACCAGCAGCAUCAAAAUGAAGAACGAUCAUAUCAAUCAAUUAUCGACAGUGGCAUCGAAGCUGUUAACCAGUAUCAUCAAUUUACCAAUGGCCUCAUUCGGCCGGGUGCUUGUGACGAAACGCAACGCUUCCCGAAGAUUACAAUCGAGACACCUGUGAGUUAUUUAGCCACCAACGAAAAUCAUGACGAAGGAGAUAUCAUUAUGCGCAUUAUCAGUGUUUUGGUUGAUUAUCAUAAUAACAUGUUAGAAUUAAUUGAGAAGGAGUUCAAUAGCAAGGAAAAUGUCAAUUUCGAUGCAUUGAAAGCAUUAGUCAACGCAUUAACGUUACGUCAGGUAUCAAUUUUGAAAGUUGCCCAUGACAAUACUGGUGUCAUUACCUUAACCGAACAAGAUUGUCUAUGGAUCGAACGAUUAUCUCACGCUAGCCUCGAUUCGUCACUCUCAUACGAUUUUCUCUAUGUUCAGUCACAAAUUCUUCGUACCUACUUUCUUCUUUGUCGUAUCAAUUACCGUCACAUUCAUCAGAAGUAUCAGUGCCAUACAAAACGAGUCGCCAUUCGAAAUCCUACCAAUGCUCACGAUGUCGAAUUAAGCAAAGAAUAUCAAUUGCCACUUCCGCUUGAACAAUGCGAGAAUGAAUGGGGUUACUUGAAAGAUAUGUCCUCCGAUAAACUUUAUCAUGGAUAUAACUUUCUCCGACAAAUCGCUUUGACAUUGCAGAAUGACGAAGAUGAUAAAUCAUCUUUACAUCUCUAUCAAUUCAUCAAACAAAUCGACUCCCAGAACGAAUUCGAUCAACGAGUAGAUCAGUACGAAAUCAAAGAUUUUCAAUUGUGUUACAUCAAUCAAAUCUUGACCUUAUACAACAAUGCAUUGAACGAAUGUCAACAGUUGUACAUCGAUGUCUCGCAUCUACUUCGAGUUCAUAUUGAUGUUCCACUGAAGGACGAAUUUAUCGGAAAUAUUUAUAAAAACAUCCUACAAAUCGAUUAUAAAGACGAAGUCGACAAAAUUCAUGCGAUAAUUCAGCAUCUUACCGAAUUUCUCAACGAUUUGAAGUCAAUCGAAGAUACAUUACUUCAACAAUGUUCACAAUCACUGGUACAAACGUGUAAACAUUUAGCAAUGGAGAAUGUCCUUCUUUUAUGGAUACCGGAAGAUAUUCGAUGCGAACAUUAUUUUGCUGUGAUUACGCAUUUAAUUCGUGUACGAUCGAUUCUACAAGAACGAAAACUAACUAUGGAAGAAAAGCAAACGACAAUCUGGAGCGAAAGUGAAUCGACGAAUGAACAACAUGAGAACCGUUUCCAUCAAUAUUUACAAACAGAAGACGAAAAAAGAAAUGAACCAGACUCGAAUUUAUGGAUACUGCCUGCAAUUCAGCCGGAAAUCGUUACUCAUGAACAGAGCGAGGAGCCCAAACAAGCAGUCGAGCAGUUUACAUCAUUGAUCGAAUUGCACGCGAAAUCAGUUCCGCUGUUAUCAUCACAGUUGACCCAACAGACUCAUCAAUAUCGAACGCAAUUGGUCGUAGACCAGCUGAAUAGAAAUGAUGGUAAAAAGUUUGUGAUUAGAAAUCGUGACGGAAAUCCGUCGUCGUUCAUGUGUAAAUGUGAGAAGUUCUACGAAAAAAUCAAGAAAUACUUCACCGACAAAAACUACGAUUCGAAUCAAUUUGUUAUUCUCGAUCAAGCGAAUCUAUGCAUCGAUCUGUCGAAGACCGCUGAUGACAUACUCUAUAAAACAUUCUUGGAAUGUUCUAUCGUCGAAAGACAGUCGCUAAUCGCCAUUCGAUUCCAGUAUGAAAAUUCGCUAUAUGAAUAUUUGACGACGAUUUCGAAUAACAUCUCGACGGUUAUUCAUCGAUUUCUCACCGACCAGAAACUCAAUUUGUUACCAUCCGAUGAUUGUCUCUGCUUCUUUGAUGAAUACGGAAUCUGUCUUGAUGAUGAACGUGUCGGUAAUGCUCGUAAAAUCAAUGAUGGAACAGUGAACAUCACCGUCACGAAAGAAAAGUUCAAUACUAGCACGCUAUGUGAAGUCAAUGGACGAAAUAAACAAAAUAAAAAUCAAAUAUGCUUAUUCCAUCCGGCUACUCAGUGGAAGCAGAUUGACGCGUGGUUAGUGACUCUUUCGGAAAAAGAUAAUUCCGAUGUCACAACGCAUGCAUUUGUGUUACGAGAACGAAAAACGAUUCUAGAAUCUGAUCAAGUCAUUUCAACAACAUUGAAUGAUGUUCAAUCCACAGCUAUUAUUGAUGUCAUCGAUCGAAAUUCACUUAUCGAAGUGACUUUUUCUACUGAAACCAAUACUUACUCUGCAUCUGCACUAAAGUCCAUCAGCAUCUCUUGUAUGUUACAAAAUCAAGAUCUACUACAACAAUUAAAUCUUGGAAACACAUCUUCAAACGAUUAUGUUCUCGUGCUGAAAAGUGAAACAAAUGAACAAAUCAUAACACAAACAGAUUUCGAACGAUCUCUCAGUGAUUUUUGUGCCAAUGAAGCCGAAUCUAUCCUUUUUCGCGUUAUGAGUUUGAUCCUAAUGACAAAGCACGACGAUGGGAAACAAAUUCGUAUUUCUCUACCGAAUCUUAAUAUAACUAUCGAACAGUUAUUGAAACUAACAGAUACAUCGAAUGAGAUAUACCACUGUUUAGCUUCCAACCAGACAAAGAAGGUGUUCGAAAACGAUCAGUUAUUAACAACGAUUAACAGUAGUCAGUUUCUACUUUGUAAAGAGAAUGAAACGUGCCUUGUAGAACUUGUCAGUCAAGACGAUACUUCCGAUGUGGUAAUAAUCGGAUGUCAACGAUAUGUUUCUUCUGCGACUCUAGGCGACGUGUGCAAGCAAAAUCAAUUGGAUACGACACAUUGUUACCUUCUAUAUGGGAAUGAAUAUGUGCCUUCAAUCAACAUUCCGUUGGCAUCAUUUCAAGCAGAAUCGCCGAUUCAAUUUCGUAUCAUUAACGAUAAUUUACCAGUUACUGUGUUGGUGAAGAAUAUUGGAAGCGAUGAAACAAUUCAACUUCAUUGUUCUCCAUCGAUGACAGCAGAGCGUCUACGUUCCAUUUCAUGCCGAUUACUUGGUUUGGACGAAAUCUACUACGAACUAGUUCUUCAAGAUGAUGAAACACAGAUCGACGGUGACAUCACGUUGGAAGAAAUGGACUGCAAUCAAUCUGAAAUUCGAUUUCACUUGACUUCGACAAAGGUAACAUCCUGUUCGGUUACCUAUUCGAACCAUACAAUUACAUUGUGUUGUCUGCAAACGGCUUCAGCAGCAACGCUCAUCAAAGACGCACUGGAAAAAUUACAUAUUUCCUGUAAAAGUAUCGACGAAUAUGAACUGAUUGCAUUAACGGAUGAUCGACCAGAUGUUGAUCAGGAUUUAUCGAUGGAUGAUAUCCGGUCGUUGUUUUCUUCAACAAAUUCUACAAUGGCGUUUGAGUUAAGAAAGAAAAAUGACACAACUUAA